AUGAUCACGAACCUCCUGGAGAAGCUUAUUGCAAGACGACUGGUGCUGCCGAACGUUUGGUUCAGACCCUUCCUCAAGGAUGAGGAAGUGGUGGACACAGCCACUCUGCGCGAUCCCAAGCCCGUUGGUGUCCUUCGUGUCACUGCUAUCGAGGCCAAGGACCUCUACGCCAAUGACAUCAACCUCUUCACAGACCGGACGAGCGAUCCAUACGUCCGAAUCCGCCUGGCCGACGACGAAUGGAAGUCCAAGCACCGGGACAGUACUUGCAAUCCCAAAUGGGUCGCGGACCCUGAUGCGCUGGCGACUGGUGACGUUACCGUCUCCGAAGAAGAGCGGCAUGACUUCUUGGUUUAUGAUGUGGGUCAGACACUUCGCAUUGAAGUCUACGACUGGAACGAGUUCCAGAGUGACGUUCUGAUCGGACGCUCGAUUCACAUCUCCGUGCAGGACGCUCUGGCGAAGUCAAGGAAGUGGAUCGAGCUGAAGCAGAAGGACGACAAGCCCGGCGGUCACCUUCAGAUGCAGUUCGACUGGCUGAAGGUGGUGCAGGAGAGCGUCGGGCCCUUGAACCAAGAAGACGACGCCUGCAUGGUCAGACUGAAGAUCGAUGAAAUCCAUGUGCCAGAAGACGUUGACCUGCUAUAUGCAAAAGUCGAGGUGAAGUUCCAGGAGGUGUUCAAAGCAUCAACGCCGGAUACCCACCUCAGCAGCCAUGCUGUGGUGACGGAAACGGGCAUCAGCAGCGAUGGCGAGAAGGAGAAGCGCUUGGAUGUGGAGUACGUCCUCUGCUUCCAGGUGUCCCGCAGCGCUGCGGAGACGGAGCCUCUGCAGAUUUCCAUCAUCUCCAAUGAAAAGGCGGUGGUGGCGACGGGGGAGUUGGAUCUCCGUGAGGUCGUCGCCGAGGGCGGCACCAAGGAGUGGCCUCAGGAGGAUCCCAUGCUCUUGAAGAGACCGCGUGAAGAUAAGAACGUGAUCUCAGACUUCCUGUCGUCGAAUCCGAGUCAGGACGAAGAGAACAAGGCACCACCCUUGCGGGCUGAAAUCUCUGUGUCGGUCAUGGGCCUGGUCCCGGUCCCCACGAAGACAGCGAUCGCCCACAUGAGGAAGCGGCGAAUGCAAAGCCCCAAGGCAUUUCCCACUGCGUCUUCGACUUUCUCGCAUACCAUCCGCAGCUUCGCGAGGACGGCGGACGAACAGCCUCUCGUGAACCGGGACACGACGAAGUGCACCGGGUCGGUGGAAUCGCUGGACUGGUUCAACACCUUCUUCGCCCGGUUAUGGCCGAAGAUUGCAGCAUAUGUGCAAAAGCUCAUGGAG